AUUAGCGAUUCCUUACUUUUGCUCAAGCGCUCCAGACAUUGCGCUACGUUGCGCUUGUUUAUCGUGUCUCAUGUUACAAAACGCAUGUGAAAAGGCCAUGUGACCGCAAUGUGACUGUAUGUGUCAUAGUUCUUCGUAUCCCAGAGGCUGUUAGCCGAUCUAGCUUGUGACUAGACCACUAUUACAAGCUGAGCGACUUUGUCUAAGAUGUCAAGCGUAAUAACGAACGAUUUAGCAGCCCUAACACAUACGAACAAAGCAAAUGUGAGGUCAGCUAUCGACGAGAUGAAACCUCGGAUCAAUAUUAGUUCUGAAGACAGCCUAGCGGACGAAGUUAUUGGAAUUUCCAUAACUGAUCUCCCCGCGAGUAGUCCAAUUACUGUUCGCGCUACCAUCACAGGUGAUACGGGAGAGAUAUUCCAGUCACAUGCUCAAUACGUUUCCAGUAAUUUUGGCAAAGUCGAUGUCGCAACUGACUGUUCUUUAGGAGGAUCGUACGAAGGAAUCGAUUCUAUGGGACUCCUGUGGUCUAUGAAACCGGCAAAGGGUCAGAGGCUGGGGCUGAGACUUUCCAAACGUGACGUCACUAAACCUUAUAUGGUCAAGCUAGAAGUGUUUUCAGGUAAUGAUGAGGAGCCCAAGGACCUUAUCACAAUGGCAACGUUCCGCAGGCACUUUAUGGCUAAAGGUGUCCGAAGGAUUCCAAUAAGAGAGGGGCGAAUUCGAGGAACCUUGUUUGUGCCACAAGGAAAUGGGCCAUUUCCAGCCAUAAUGGAUAUGUUCGGUACCGCAGGAGGGCUAAUCGAAUUCAAAGCCGCCCUUCUCGCCUCACACGGAUUCCUAGCGUUUGCACUGGCUUACUUCGAUUAUGAUGAUCUACCAAAGGUAGUCACCGAGAUCAAGCUCGAGUACUUCGAGGAAGCUGCCCACUGGCUUGCGAGUCACGAGCUUGCGAUCCCACAUGGAAUAGCAUUGAUGGGAGUGUCUAAGGGUACCGAGCUAGUCCUCACACUCGCCUCCUACCAGCCUAAUUUGAUUAAGGCGAUUGUAGCCAUAUCACCCGCGCAUGCCAUCGUUGCGAUCCCUCUAAUGAUACGUGGCAAGCCCUCGGCGUUUAUCAAAUUCGAGCCAGAAUUCACAAAGAUGAGUGAAAAAGGAGUGCUUCAAUGGGGUGACACGUACCCCGAUACUAUCACCACCGACGAUUUGUCCACUAUCCAUCCCGCGAUGGUUGCAGUAGAAAGAAUUGAGUGUCCGGUGAUGCUUGUGUGCGGAGAGGAUGAUAAGAGUUGGAAGUCGUGUAGGAUGGGCGGGCUAAUCAAAACGCGCAUGGAGAAGCACGGGCGAGGGGAACAAUGCACUUUGCUUUGUUACCAUGGCACCGGCCACCUGAUCGAGCCGCCGUACUCGCCACACUGCGGUUUCUCCUACCACAAGGCAUACAGAAUGUGCGUUGCCUGGGGCGGGGAAGCAAAGGCGCAUGCGCAUGCCUCCGUGGACUCAUGGAAUAAGAUUUUGACAUUUUUUCGUAGAAACUUAUCAAUCAAAAGUCGUCUUUAAGAGAAUUGAUUUAGAUUACAGUGGAACCUGGAUUUUACGAUAACCUCUUUUUUACGAUGGCGUUCCUUUUUCUCGGCGGAAAUACAGUAAAAUGUAGAAGAAAUUACCCCGAUCUUACUAUAUUGGAUACAAUAGUCAAUAUUCUCGAUACAAAUCUGUUCUCCCAAGCGUAAUUUUGACCUCCAUACAACGAUAUUACUGAUUCUAACAACAUAGGGAGACAAACACAAACACCGCACACGUAAAGUACAUUUUAUCGAUUUUUUUCAUUUAACAGAUCUUGUUAAAUACAUAUUACAGUCUUGCAGAGAGAAACUGUUUGAUCUUUCACAGAGUACAGUUACUAUAUUAUUAUUUUGUUAUAGUUGAUAAUUAACCCAACCUCGCUACAACGAAAUUCUCAAAAUCGAGGACAUCUUUGUAACAAUAGCUCGAUUUUACGAUGCAUUUUUUUUUUCUCCCGAGGCAUAUUGUAAAAUCCAGGUUCCACUGUAUAUAUUUUAUGCAAGAUCACUUGGGGAUGAAACGGAUUUGGGGAGCUUGGGCAUUCUGUUGGAGAAUCGAUGUCGUAUGCUUGAAUGCAUUGACAACACUGAUUAUCAGCAUCACAAAUAAAAUGUUCAUAAACCAUCA